UGUCGUGCCAUUUGGACCAGGAUGACCAUUGGCAUGCGCAUUUGAAUGAUUAUCGUCCUGUUGCGUUGUGGAGGAUACAAUGUCCGCCAUUCAGACCACGAAAUAGGGAGUAAGAGAUGCUUGUAGAGUGAGGAAGAGGCAUGUUAAACUGUAACAGACAAUAAGAAAGAACUAUUGUUUGCCUGUGUUGGCAGUCGUCCCGAUCACAUUGGCGUCUCUUCAUUGUACACCAAUCUGAGUCCUGGCUUCACCGUGUUGUCGACAUUUGGCUGAUGCUCCUCAGAGCUCGUCCACAAUGCAGUCUCAAGCAAGUUGUCAGAGGAUUUGCCACCGCCGCAAAGUCUCAUGACACCGGUGCAUCCUCUCUGAGGAAUAUGGCACUGGUGGCACACAUUGAUUCUGGGAAGACGACUUUGACGGAAUCCAUUCUCCUGAAAUCGACCUACUUGUCGUCUGCAGGCUCAGUCGAUACUGGGAGCACCACCACAGAUUUUCUCCCUGCAGAGCGUGAACGGGGUAUUACCAUUCAAUCGGCUAGCAUUCCUGUAAAGUGGAAAUCAUGGACCUUCAACUUGAUCGAUACUCCAGGGCAUGCAGACUUUGGCAUGGAAGUUGAGAGUGCCAGUCGAGUGAUCGAUGGUGCAGUCGUCUUGAUUGACUCUGUCGAGGGUGUCGAAGCUCAAACUAAGGGCGUGUGGCGCCAGCUGGAUAGGUGAGCAACAGAUAUGGUGUGCGAUCCCGAAUCAUGUUUUUGAACAAGCUUGAUCGACCUGGAGCGUCAUUUCGCUCCUCCCUGCUCUCCUUGCUCUCCCAUCGUCUGCAUCCAAAGCCCAUGGCUUUGAGUCUUCCAAUUGCUUCCUUUGACCCACAUGAUUAUGCGCGCGGAGAGCCAGGCAUACAAGGCCUUGUGGACUUAGUUAACUGGGAAAUCUGGAAAUGGGACGAGACUGGUGCUUUCACUCGACAUCAACUACCAACGAACUACGAGAAACUCGCAGACACCAAACUAUUCCCUCCUUCACAUCCUAUACUGCCUUGCCUGGUUCCGGCUCGAACAAAUCUUCUGGAGAAUCUUUCCAUGUUUUCCGAAGAACUGAUGGAGACAUUGCUGAAUUUACCAUCAAGCCCUUCUGCCUACCUCACUGUACCUGCCUCAGAGAUUAUGCCCCAUCUGCGAAAGGCUACAUUGCAAAAUGAUAUUCUGCCCAUCUUAUGCGGAUCCGCCUUCAAACACAUCGGAACCGAGCUACUGAUGGACUAUAUCGGUGCUUUACUUCCUAGUCCAGUGGACGUUGUCGAUGCCGUACCUGCGCCCAAUGCUCCACUACGGAUGUUGGCAUGGAAGGUCAGUUGGGAUAAACGCAAAGGAUGGAUGACCUUUGUUCGCAUCUAUUCAGGUACGCUCAAACGUCAGAGUGUUGUAUAUAAUGCCACCCGAAACCAGAAGGAACGCGUAUCCAAACUACUCUUGCUAUAUGCGUCAGAGGCUGAAGAAGUCGAAAGCCUAUCUUUCGGUUCUGUAGGUGUUAUCCUCGGUCUCAGGUUUACUCGAACCGGCGAUACCCUGGUAUCCAACCAGCAACAGGCCGAAUCUUCUCUUCGAGACAUCGUUCCACCGCCCGCCGUCAUGUCGACUUCCGUUCUACCGCAGUCGCAUGCUGAUUUGCAACCAGUUCAAGAAGCACUCGAAUCCUUGGCGAGGACUGAUCCUUCCGUUCGUAUUGAAGUACAAGAAGGGCAACUUCUAGUACAUGGCCUUGGAUCUCUGCAUCUGGAGAUCGUAGAGAGCCGUCUGAGAGACGAGUGGGGAGCCCGUUUCGAAUUUGGUAAACGUCGAGUCAGUUACCGAGAAGGUCUGGGCUUGCAAGAUAUCACGCCCAAGCCUCAAACCUGGGACGCUCAGCUUGCGGGAAAGCCUGUUGAAAUCGCGAUUGACUUAUCGAUUCGCCCGUUGACGCAAGAUGAAGAAGGCGACUCGUUAUGGGACGGCAACAUGGUCGUUGAUAAAGAUGACAAGCCUCUUCCACUUCCGGAUACGUAUUACAGCCAGCAACAGAGCCCUUUGGCAAACAUCGGUCGUGGCAUAUUUAAUGCACUAUCGAACUCACCACAUACAUUCUUACCGCUCUCGCGUGUUCAUGUCAAAGUCAACGGUUACAAGUAUCCACCCGAGGUCCCACCGUCCGCCCUAGCCGGUGCAAGUGCUGUCAUUCUACGUGAUCAGACCAAACUCGCCGGAAUGGGACCCGUUAUGGAACCGUAUAUUCGGUUGAAGAUCACCGUUGGGGACGACGCUUUGGGUAAAGUAGUCAAGGAUCUGACGGAACAUGGAGGCGAAGUCCUUGAUCUCGCUGCUGGGACUUCUGGUCAGGAAGGUGAAGAAGAAGCCAUACCUUAUGCUGAAGAUGGCAUAUACGUUCCACCGAAGGCCCUAUCACCCUCUGCUUUGGCUACUGAAGGCAACACAUCUUCCAACUACAAGCGCUCUGUCCAUGCCAUUGCACCUCUUAGCCGGAUGUUGGAUUAUUCCAACAGAUUACGGGCCAUCUCAGGUGGCCAUGGUGUCUUCGAGAUGUCUAAUGCUGGCUUUAGACAAGUGUCGGAGACGAGGAAGACAGAGAUUCUGAGGGAAAUCGGUCGGGCCUAAGUACAUCAUCGUUCUUUCGUUCUGAAUAUUGUGCAUACAAUCUUAAGUCGACUGCAUUCAUUAUGUACGUGUAUGUGUAUCCAGCAAUAAUCCAGCAAUAGGAUGUAUUUAUAACUCCUUGGCUUCGUCUGCAUCUCCGAAAAAGACAGCUCCUUCUAUCUCAUCAUCGUCCUCCGCCGCAACAGCAGGAUUGUCUCCUACAGAUUGUAUGACCUGGCUGAGCGCAUACAUGCCACCACCCAGCUCCUCGUCUUCCUCACCUUCCGCUUCAUCGUAAAAUAAUGGCACUGGUGGAC